AUGGCUUCUGAAGGCGAGGAUGUUUACGCAACUCUUCUCUUGAGCGACUCCUACCUGCCAGGUGCACUGGUGCUGGCACAUUCUUUGCGAGAUGCUGGAACAACAAAGAAGUUGGCCGUGCUGAUCACCGCCGAUACUGUCUCGCCCGCGGCAAUAACCCAGCUGCAGAGCACUUAUGAUUACAUAAUUCCUGUCGAAAGAAUUGUCAAUGAAGCGCCGGCCAACCUGUUUCUUAUGAACCGCGGAGAUUUGCACUCGACAUUUACAAAGGUCAAUUUAUGGAAGCAAUUGCAAUUCCGGAAGAUAAUAUACAUGGAUGCAGACACGGUAGCGAUUCGCGCGCCAGAUGAGUUAUUCAGCUUGCCACAUGCAUUCUCAGCUGCCCCAGACAUCGGAUGGCCGGAUAUCUUUAAUACUGGCCUGAUGGUGUUGACCCCGAAUAUGGGCGAUUACUACGCAUUGCUUGCCAUGGCACAGAGAGGGAUAUCUUUCGAUGGUGCAGAUCAGGGUCUCUUGAAUAUGCAUUUCAAAAACGCCUUCAAUCGCUUGAGCUUUACCUACAAUGUUACACCAUCCGCCCAUUACCAGUACUUGCCGGCAUAUCGACAUUUCCAAUCGAGUAUCAGUGUGGUUCAUUUCAUUGGCCAUGAUAAGCCAUGGACUGAGGGGAGAGAUGCGCAUAAGGGUGGAACUCCGUAUGAUGAAUCGGUAGGGAGGUGGUGGGCAGUCUACGACAGACAUUUUAAAGAACCGUCUACCGACAGCUCUGUCCAAGAAACCUCCACCCUAGUGCAGUACUAUACCAAAGGCGAGUUCCACCCAGUAAUGCCCGUUGUGUCGAGUUCCAGUUACCCAACAUACCAACCCCCGGAAUCGAGGAGUGAGACCUACCAAGCCGUUCAUCCAACAGUUGGAGACCAGAACGUGAUAUUCCACGCCACGCCUGCGAGUGACACCGAAAUAACUCACGCAACAGCUGAACAACCUCGGCAUGAAAGGACCGAAGUCCCGAGCCAUGUGGAAACUGCUUAUGUUCCCCCGACUCUGGGUGUACCAGAGGUCAAGCCGGAAAUUCAAUAUUCUAUUUGGGAUGCAAGCAGAGCUCCACCGCCGGCAGAUUCUCGACCCGAAGCCUCCAAUUUCCCCGCCACACAUUACCAAAUGUCCUCCGACCCAGAGCCGUUCAAAGCUCCUGAACGGUAUCCUGAUCCGCCAAAGAACAUGUGGUAUGAAGUACCGAAAACUCCGACAUACCAAAAGCCCACCCCAAUAUUUCCUUGGGAAAAGGAUGCACCUAAACCAACUAGAGUAUUUCCUGAAGAUGAAUUAGAUGUAACCGAACCUCCUAGUAGCGAAUUGGCUACGGAACCAGGACCCCCAGAAAUGGAACCUGAACCGCCUGUUACACCUGUUACGUCCACCAUACCGGUCAUACCUUCUGAUCCUUGGCAGUCAUAUUCCCGUGGAAAUGCCUGGGAUGAUAUACCCGAAAUAGGGCGGUAUGUUGGAAAUUUACAGAAGCCCCGGAAGGGUAGCGUCCAAAUAGUGCAUGGUCAGGGGUCAUCUUCAGUAGAUGUGUCCGAUCUAGGUGGUAGGAAGCGAAUUCUAAGGCUCACAGACUUUCCAACAGAGCUUGAACGACCCAGUCUCCCUGUAACACCAGCCCCAAUCAGGAGACCCAACUUCUGGGGGGGCGAGAGGAACGAAGAAGGCGAACUACCUGCGGCUGAGGGGGUACCUUCCCAAGAGGAAUGGGAUCCUGCGGUCCAACUAGAGCAACUUGCUCGACGACAAUCGGAUGUACUCGCCCAGAAAUUUGGUGAAGAUUCAGGACAUGAGAUUCCUACUAGGUCAUUGCCUUAUGGAUCCGAGGGUGUUGUAUCUCCAAGUUACGAGGCCAAGGCUCCAACUCGUGGCAGUGGAUCAGCUGCUUCGGAACCGGCCCCAGGAACUGUGAUUCCCCCUCCAAGUUAUAAAGGCCCAAGCCCCGUCUUUGACAAAGACGAGUCGUUUCUUUCCCAUUCGACACCAGAACCAGGUACGGAGGAGGAGCUGGAUGUUCUUCAAACCUAG